GGUCUCGGGGUGCCCCUGAUGGCAGCACUGACUUGAUGGGAGUCUCAGGUAUUUGAAGUGACACUUUAUUCUUGAUACCUUAGGGGCCACUCCUUGGCCCACUCCUGGGUUCGGUCUCUUCCGAGAUGGUUUUUCUUAAUUAGCCUGAUACCGCUCUCCAUGCUUGGCUUCUGUCAGCCUGGAGCAGCCAUCUCACGUCAGCAUUGUCUCACAACGGUCAGGUGACCUCUGUCAGUGCUGCCAUCAGGGAAACCCGGAGACCCUUCUGAUGUCACCCUAUGGCCUCACAAAAGGUGGCUGGCUAUAAGUGCCCUGAGCAGCGUGCCUGCGGCCAGUCCGGCUGGUGGUAGUCGAGAGCUCGAGGUCCCACGGCUGGAAGGCGAGAGAGAGGCGGAGGUGUGGCAAGAGGCACACGCGAAGCCAGUCUUGUUGCACGCAAGCCAUCGAGGGCCUUCGUAGUGUUCCUGGUGGCACGCUGGUGACACUUGAGGCGUUGAGGUCCUGCCGGCGACCCGCGAGGCAAGGGAAGUGCUGAAGACCCCAGGCUGCUGCUAAGCGCCUGGCACCAGGGCAGCCUCCCCCAGAGGACGACCAGCUCCACGUCGCGGCGGCUGCAGGCACCAUGAACCAGCCACAGCAGGAGCAGCCAGAGGAGGCCCCCGGGGACGAGACGUGCCCCAUCUGCUUGGACCAGCUGUCCAACACAGCUUGCGUGGACACCUGCAGGCACUCCUUCUGCCUGCAGUGCAUCCAGGCCUGGGCCGCAGAAAGAGACACCUGCCCGCUGUGCCGCGGGCCCAUCCUUGCAGUUGUGCGCCUGGCCCGACGACCCCGAAGAAUGUUCCAACGCGACACGCGGCUGGGGCGGCAGCAGCAGCAGCAGCAGCGGCAGAGGAGCCCCUCAAGCUACCGCUCCCACAGCGUCUCGCCCAGGCGCAGGGAGCGCAGCCCCCUUGAAGCGCGACAGCUUGUCCGCAGCCGCUCCUGGCGCUUGGGACAGGACAGGCACAGACUGCCACUGUCCCUGUGGUACGACACCGAGGACAUAGAGUGGCUACGUCGGGUCCAGCAGGAGGAGCCGGGGUCUGGCGACCACGCGGGCCGGCAGACCAGGCCCCGCAACUGAGCAGGCGGCCACGCCUCACCUGGGGACGCGCUGGGGGUGGCAGCCACAAUUACCCCAGGAAUAAAUUACAACUUUUCCACCCUGCAAAGCCUCUGCCUGCACUUAUUCCUGCAUCGGUCAGAAGGGGGGGGAGGGGCGGGGGGAGCGGGGUACUGAACGCAGCCCUCUCCUGCUGCCUGCGCCACAGAUUGGUUUGGGGAUGUCUGCUCCUGAUGGGGAGCGGCUGCGGGUGGCGGGUCCCCGAGUGAGACUUGGGGGUGAGAAGUCAUUUGGGGGAUGAGAAGUCAACGUGGGAAUGGGAAAGUGUUGGGGAUGGGAGCAGCCACAGAGGUGACCUGGCCCGACUGGGACAAAGGCUGACAGCAAAAGUCUCCUAAAAGCCUGCCAGAAGAGAACGCCUGCCAGCUGGGGAACCGGGCCUGGCAACCUGCAGCACCCUUGGAAGGCGCUGCUGGCCUCCUGCAAGUGCAGCCUAAGGGUACCUAA